CACUAAGUAACAAACAAAAAAGAUAAGAAGAAUAAUUGACUGAGAGUGCACCAAACCCAACUUGUGAAGGGGAUGAUUGGACAUAUAUAUAAAUACAACACAAUUUCUGUUUGUUCCUUGAGAAGCUGAAACUGAAUAUUUUGGUUGGCAUGCCAUAAAACGCUAGCAGAGGAGACAGUUUCAAAUUGCUUUUGGGUUCUUGAUCUUGAUUUUCAAGAAAUGGCUAUUAGUAGUCAAAGUGGAGAAAAUAAUAUGGAGCCGUUGGGUCGGAAAUCACUUGAAAGAGUAGUUUCACAAAGAGCUCUGCAAAUGAGUAGUUCAUUUCCAUGUCAACUUUGCGUGGUGGGUUUUCUCUGUGGAGUUUGUCUCACUUCUUUGUUCUUGGCUGCUCUUACUUCCCUUGGGACUUUUGCGUUUGGUGGGAUUUCAUUUUCUGCUGUUUCGAUAAGGAAUUCAUCACCAUGGAAUUCAAGUUCUGAGUUUAUCAAUGUGGCGGCAAGUACAGACUGUAAAUUUAAACUAAUGGAAACGGAGAGAUGGGAUGAUUCACAAAGGACACAUGAUGAGAAAGUCUCAUUAUUGCAUUCAGCUUGGAGUGCAUUGUUAUCUGAAUCAGUAGAUGUAGAAUUUGAAAACUUUCAGAAUCUUGGACUGAGCAAGUCUGCUGUACCUAAUGGGCCUCAUUUGGAGAACUGUAAAUUGAGUGCACAAAUAAAUAAGCGUCUCGAUAAACAAGCUGAAAAUGAGAGCUUCCCUCCUUGGACAACUUGGAAGGGAUUGUUAGACAUGCACCCAGCAUCCACAGCCAAUGAGCAACUUAGGUAUUACAGGCAUCAAGCCAUAUCGGAAGGUGCUUAUCCUCCUUGGAUCAGUGGAUCAGAUGAAGACAAUUAUCCUCUUACUAGGAAAGUGCAACGUGACAUAUGGAUCCAUCAGCAUCCACCAAACUGCAAGGAUCCUAAUGUAAAAUUUCUUGUAGCUGACUGGGAGAAAUUACCUGGCUUUGGCAUCGGAGCACAGCUAGUUGGAAUGUCUGGGCUUCUUGCUAUUGCAUUAAAGGAUAAAAGAGUCCUUGUUACGAGCUACUAUAAUCGAGCUGACCAUGAUGGCUGUAAGGGUACUUCUCGUUCUAGUUGGUCUUGCUACUUCUUUCCAGAAACAUCCCAAGAAUGUCGAGAUCAUGCCCUUGAGCUUAUGGCCAAUAAAGAAGCAUGGGAAAAUGGAAGCAUAACUACAAAAGAGAACUAUAAUUCAAAAGAAAUAUGGACUGGUCGAACUCCUAGGAUAUGGGGUGAUCCCUGGAGUUAUUUGCAGCCAACAACAGAAAUUAAUGGGAGUUUGAUCACUUUUCAUCAUAAGAUGGAUCGUAGGUGGUGGAGAGCUCAGGCGAUACGCUAUUUAAUGAGAUUUCAAACUGAGUAUACAUGUGGCUUGAUGAAUGUUGCUCGUAAUGCUGCAUUUGGAAAGGAAGUUGCAAAGAUGGUUCUUGCCAGUCUUGAGGAUAAAUGGCCAAAGGAAGUGACAAACAAGCCAGUGUCAGAUAUUCAACGAUUUGUAUGGUCAAGUCACAAACCAUGGGUCCCUAGGCCAUUGCUAAGCAUGCAUGUAAGAAUGGGAGACAAGGCAUGUGAAAUGAAGGUGGUUGAAUUUGAAGAAUACAUGCACCUCGCGGAUCAACUAAGACGGCAGUUUCCGCACUUGAACAGCAUUUGGUUGUCAACUGAAAUGCAGGAGGUUAUUGAUAAAUUGGAAAAGUACACGGAUUGGAAGUUCUACUACAGCAAUGUAACACGCCAAGUUGGGAACACGACAAUGGCCGAAUAUGAAGCCAGUCUGGGCAGGCAAACCAGCACAAAUUACCCGCUUGUUAAUUUCCUGAUGGCAACAGAAGCCGAUUUUUUCAUUGGAGCAUUGGGUUCAACAUGGUGCUUUCUCAUAGAUGGCAUGAGAAAUACUGGAGGGAAAGUAAUGGCUGGUUACCUAAGUGUUAACAGAGAUAGGUUCUGGUAGGUAUCUGUUAGGCAAAUACACAUGUUAAUGCCAUGGUUAACAGUUUUCUGUAAAUGGGCCUCUCAUCUUGUAUUCUGACGCCUCUCUUGUAAAUUCUCUUCAUAUUCAGUGAGGUAAAGUAGUAAAAUGAGCAUAUAUCUUUUGAGAGUAAAA